AUUAAUGUAUAAAUUGAACCAAGAUACUUGUUGAGUUCAAGAAAUAUUCUCAUGGGGACAGAAAGCCAAACCGUUUGUGUGACAGGUGCUUCUGGGUUCAUUGGCUCAUGGCUCAUCAUGAGACUCCUCGAGCGUGGCUACACGGUUCGAGCCACCGUGCGCGACCCUGAUAAUGUGAAAAAAGUGAAACAUUUGUUAGAGUUGCCUAAGGCUGAGACCCACUUGACGCUGUGGAAGGCUGAUCUCUCCAUAGAGGGAAGUUUUGAUGAUGCGAUUCAAGGUUGCUCUGGCGUUUUCCAUGUUGCUACACCUAUGGAUUUCGAGUCCAAGGACCCUGAGAAUGAAGUAAUAAAACCAACGAUCAAUGGAGUUUUGGACAUCAUGAAGGCAUGUGCAAAGGCAAAAACUGUUCGAAGAAUAGUAUUCACUUCAUCUGCAGGAACUGUGGACGUCGAGGAACACAAAAAACCAGUGUAUGAUGAAAAUUGCUGGAGUGAUUUGGAAUUCGUUCAGGCCGUGAAGAUGACAGGAUGGAUGUAUUUCGUGUCCAAGACUCUGGCAGAGAAAGCUGCAUGGAAGUUCGCUGAAGAGAACAAACUUGAUUUUAUCAGUAUAAUCCCAACUCUAGUUGUUGGUCCAUUUCUAAUGCCAUCUAUGCCACCAAGCCUUAUCACUGCACUUUCCCUGAUCACUGGAAAUGAAGCCCAUUAUUCGAUUAUAAAGCAAGGGCAUUAUGUACACUUGGAUGAUCUCUGCAAUUCUCACAUUUUCCUGUUUGAGCAUCCACAAGCCAAGGGGAGAUACAUUUGCUCCUCGCACAAUGCCAACGUUCAUGAGCUUGCAAAAUUGCUCAGAGAAAAAUACCCUGAAUAUAACAUUCCUGUCAAGCUUAAAGGCAUGGAGGAAGAUAUAAAGCCUACAGCUUUCUCCUCCAAGAAGCUUACGGACAUGGGUUUUGAGUUCCAAUACAGCUUGGAAGAUAUGUUCGAAGAAGCUGUGGAAACCUGCCGCGCAAAGGGAUUGCUUCCUCCGGCAGCCUCUAAUGGUGAAGUUGCAGACAAGAAGGUUGAAGGGAGAGGAGUGAUUACUUGUAAUGAGGUUCCAGUGUCUAACUAGAAAUGCACCGAUGAGUGGAAAUAUGCUUCUCAGCAUAAUCUAUCUAUCUAUCUAUAUAAAACGCGAGUUAAGUAAUUCAUGGAAUAAGAUCGGACCUGAAGGUUUGUAAUCGGCUGUGUCUAUUUUAAUGGUGACGUUAUGAAAUAUUUACUUUAAUUUUAAAA